UUCCUGCGCGGAAGUACAGUUUGUCAGACAGAUCCCGCCCCUGCCGCGCCGGGCUCGCCGCGGCUUUCUCUCCACGCUGCCCGCGGGGACCUCACGGACUCCCCAGAGCCAUGGAGCCUGCGACGCUGCCGGGGACCGGAUCGAGGACCAGCAGGAGCCCUUGUCAGCAGAGGGAGCCCGGCUGCCCCAUGCAGGAACUGAGGCUUCUCCUUUUAGGGAGCAGUGGUGCGGGAAAAAGUGCCACAGGAAACACGAUUCUGGGCAAAACUGUGUUUGUGUCCAGAUGUAGUGGCCAGAUGGUGACGAAAGUGUGCCAGAGAAUGAGCGGGGCCACGGGAGAGGGGAAGGUUGUGGUCAUCGACACCCCCGACCUUUUCUCCUCCCUGUCUUGUGCCAAAGACAAGCAAUACAACAUCGAAUGCUGUUUGGAGCUCUCUGCGCCCAGCCUCCACGCCCUGCUGCUGGUCAUUCCCAUCGGCCGUUAUGAGGUGGAGGACCAACAGGCAGUCAGGGGCAUCCACGAGUUGUUUGGAGCCGAAGCCAAGAGGUAUAUCAUUAUCGUCUUCACUCGGGAGGAUGAUUUGGAGGAUGGCUCUCUGCAAGAUUACAUCAAAGGCGAGGAGUACCUCGCCGAGCUGGUUGAAAACCAUGGAGGCCGAUACUGCGCUCUGAACAACAAGGCAAGCGAGGAGGAGCGGGCCCGUCAGGUGAGGGGGCUCCUCUGCCAGGUCCAGAGGUUGGUGGAUGAAAAUGGAGGACCAUAUAUCGUGAACUUCAGAAAUGAAGGCAGCGGAUUCCUGGAUUGUGUGAAUGAAGCCACGUCUCAGAAGGAGGACAAGCCACAUGGGCAAGAGGAGGAGCAGCUUCAGGCCCCAGGAUGCGAGCCGAGCCCUGGGCCGUCGGAACUGAAGGUCUUGCUUGUGGGCAGGCGUGGAGCUGGGAAGAGUACAGUCGGGAACUGCCUUCUGGGGAAGCGAGAGUUUGAGACCAAAUUCAGCGAAGAGUCAGUCACCCAGAGGUUUGUGUCUGGGAGCAGAAUCUGGAGAGAGAGGAACGUUGUGAUCCUUGAUACUCCAGACAUCUCGUCUUCAAAGGGCAUUAAAGUGGAGCUCCAGAGACAUGCCUUUGGGCGCCCCCAUGCCUUCCUGCUGGUGACGCCUCUGGGCUCCUUCGCCGAGAAAGAUGAGGCGGUACUCGACGCCAUCCGGCGCAGUUUUGGAGAGAAAUUCGUGCAGUACCUGAUCAUUCUCCUCACCAGGAAAGAAGACCUAGGGGAUCAGGAUCUACACAUGUUCCUGAAAAACAGAAAUAAAGCUCUCUACAAGCUCAUCAAGGAGUGCAAAGACCGGUUCUGCGUCUUCAACUACCGAGUGACCGGGGAAGAAGAACAGCACCAGGUGGACAAGCUUCUGGAAACAGUUGAGAGUAUGGUGCAGCACAAUGGGGGCAGGCCCUGCAGCUUCAGAGGGGAAGAUGCCCUGAGCAUUGUCCUGGUGGGGAGGAGCGGCACUGGGAAGAGCGCCACCGGGAACACCAUUCUUGGGAACCCCGACUUCCGCUCUCAGUUCCAAGCACAGCCAGUCACCCAGACGUGCCAGAGCAGCAAGAGGAUGUGGGGCAAGCUGCAGGUGGUGGUUGUGGACACGCCCUUGCUCUGCCUGAUGACCAGUGCCGAGGAGGGUCCGUUCCCACUGGAGGAGGAGGUCAGACGCUGUUUGUCCUGCUGUGAAGAAGGGAACAAGGUUCUGGUCCUGGUGUUCCAGCUGGGACGGUUCACUCCAGAGGACAAAAGGGCGGUGCAGGACUUGGAGAACAUCUUCGGAGAGGAAGUUUUGAAGUACACGAUCGUGCUGUUCACUCGGAAGGAGGACCUCGAGUCAGGGGACCUUAGAGACUAUGUCCAGAAUACAGAUAACAAAACUCUUAAGAACAUCAUUAAAAGGUGUGGGGGGCGAGUCUGUGCUUUUAAUAACAGAGAAACGGGCCAAGCCAGGGAAAACCAGGCAGUAGAGCUUCUGAAAAUGGCUGAUGAGCUGAUAAAGAGCCAUGGAGGGGAGGGGUACCCCCACGAAUGGGAGAAAGUCAGCAAAAUCAUUAAAAAUGCCCAGGAAAAGCCCAAGUCCACCAAUUUACUGAAGAAUUUAAAAGAGAUUUUAUCAUAGGCAGCUGACGUGCCUGGGGGUCUCUCUAAGGUAGAGACACCCUCACUUGGGGACGGGGUGUGGUAGGACUGCUGGGAUGGGAGGAGGCUCCAGGACGCUGGAGGCUUGGCAGGUGCAUGCAGCUCAGUCUGUGCUGCUGCAGCUUUUUGUGGGUAAAUGAAUCAUCAGGCUCGGCAGGGGAUUGAUUCUAAAGGAGAAAGAAGAAAUUAGGUGGGGAAAUUUGGAAAGAAGCUUCAGAGCUUGGGUGGUUUGGGGGGUCAAAAUUAAGUCACAUGAAUCACCAUGCCUGUGUAUGUAGAUUGGCAUCAGGACAGACACUGCGACCAAGGCCAAGGCCAGCCUGCCGUCAAAUACAGAGACCUACCCAAGGAUCAGGGGAUCCGGAUCCAUGAGAGCAGAGCCGUGAGCAGUGUCCCCGCCAACUCCUGGCAUGGCAGAAUGGAGAAGCCAGACUCAUGUGGGUCUCCACAUGCCCCGGACUGCUUGCCCGGCCUGCUGCGUGCCCCCCGCUUCCCCCCAGGGCUGCCUUGGCACCAUUGGAUAGGACUCAGGGCCAGCAUGUCCCUUUCCUUACAGGGUGGCUAUUCCAAGCCUGAAUAGAAAUUGGGACCCAGUCUACUCUUCUUUCUUGUCCCUUAGGAAAUGAACAUGAGUCUGGGAGGUUUUAAAAGACUUUAUUGCUAACCAUCGCAGUGAAAUAGAGUAGAACAAAAAUCAGACACAUGGUGAAAUGGCCAAUUAGCCAAUUGGUGCUUGCCAGUUGGCUAAUUGGUGAUUAGCCCAUUUUGCAAAGUUCCAGAAUUCUAAGUAGAAGUCUAGAUCACCUCUAGAAAAGUUUAUCGAAAACUCCUUUGCACUGGGUGAUGGACACUGGGGAGGGUAUGUGUUGUAAUGAGCACUGGGUAUUGUAUGAGACUGAUGAAUCACUGACCUGUAGCCCUGAGACAAAUGAUACAUUAUAUGUUAAUUAAUUGAAUUUAAAUAAAUAGGUACACAAAAUUUUUAAAAAAGAA